AACGAAGCCAUGGACCCCUUAAAAAUCGUCAUUUUUUACUAAAGAAAUUGAAGCUUGGGUUUGGAAAAUCUCAUUCCAAGUUUCCUGCAAGAUCCAAGUGCUGCCAACAGGUUUUAGUUUUUAUUUUCUGGGUUCAUCGGCUUCUCUAUUUCCCAUUGUUUCAUUUUCCUUUUGAUCUCUCUUUUUGAGAGAAAGGGGAAGACGGGAAGAGGGGAAGAUGGAGAGCAUAGCAGUGUGGCAGGGGGCUACUCUGUUUGGAAUUCUGACAUGGAUCAUGGUUUCUUCAUAUUUGAAUGUGACCAAAAAGGUCAGAUCUUUGCUUCAGCCUUGGGUGGCUCAUUAUGUGAUUACUGGCACCCCUACUAUUCUCAAGAUCCAGAAUCAUCAGCAUAGGUUCUUGGAUGCUCUCUUCUCUGGGUUGUCCUGUGUGGUUUCUGUGCCUUUUUAUACUGCUUUUCUUCCUUUGCUUUUCUGGAGUGGACAUGUGAAAUUGGCAAGGCAAAUGACCCUGUUGAUGGCUUUCUGUGAUUAUUUAGGGAACUGCAUAAAGGACACGGUGUCAGCUCCUAGACCCAAUUGUCCCCCUGUUAGGAGGGUAACGACCACAAAGGAUGAGGAAGAGAAUGCAUUGGAAAAUGGAUUGCCUUCUUCUCACACUCUUAACACAGUCUGUUUAUCAGGAUACCUUCUAUACUAUCUCCUGUCCUACACAAAAUGGGAAUAUGCUUCCUUGGAACUUGCUGGAUUUUUGUUUGUGUGCUUGUUUGUGGGCCUUAUUGCUGUGGGAAGGAUUUACCUUGGUAUGCACAGUUUGAUUGAUAUCAUUGGUGGUCUUGGCAUUGGUUUUGGAAUCCUUUAUUUCUGGCUAGCUGUCCAUGAAUACAUCGACAACUUUUUAGUCUCUGGACAAAAUGUUACAUCCUUUUGGGCCACUUUAAGUUUCUUGUUGCUCUUUGCUUAUCCAACUCCUGAGCUCCCAACUCCAAGUUUUGAGUAUCAUACUGCCUUCACUGGUGUUGCACUGGGAAUUGUGGCCGGGGUUCAGCAAACCUACUAUCAGUUCCAUCAUGAAGCAGUUCCGCGCAUUUUCACCCCUCAACUCUCCAUCCCCGCUUUCUUGGGAAGAAUACUUGUCGGCAUUCCAACAAUACUCAUUGUGAAGUUCUGUAGCAAGGCUCUGGCCAAAUGGAUUCUGCCAAUAGUAUCAAACACAUUGGGCAUCCCUAUAAGAUCAACCAGUUACAUCCCAAUGCUUAAUGGAUCGGUUACUGGAAAGAAGUCAAAUGAGAUCAAGCAAUCAACCUAUGUCCAAAAGCUGUUCUUUUUCUCCCACCAUGACUCGUUUGAUGUAGAUACUGGUAUCAGAUUCUUCCAAUACACAGGCCUUGCAUGGUCAGUAGUCGAUCUUGUUCCUUCUCUGUUCGCUCACCUGAGGUUGUAGUUCUUGUUAGUUCAUGCUUUAUAGUUUAUAUAACUAGCUUACUAGCAUAGCAAUAGAGGGCUAUUGAUUUUGUACCUGCCACAUCUUGUAAAUCUUUCUCGCGAAGGAACAAUCUAUUUUUCUAUGUUAAUGAAAUGAGAACUCUCCU